ACAUAACAUAUAAACCAUAGAAGUCAACAUUUAUCAUUCAGACGCAGGGAUCUAGCACAAUUUCUGUUAUGUGUCUGUCGUAUGUGAAAAAGUAAUUUAAUUACUUGAAUUGAAAUAUUAUUGUUAAAAGGUACAAUGGGAACAAAAACAAUGAAAUCUUUCGGUAGUCUCCAACACGAGUUAGAGGAAGCGAAAAAUAGCUUGAAAGGUGUUGACGAGAAUUUAAAGAGGUUAAUUGGCAGGGACCCCUCAGAGUUACCACCAAGAAUUUCCUUGAAGCGUCCUGCUCCAGAUGAUAAAGGGCGAGCCGGCGUUAAAGGUCCAAAUCGAAUGAGAAAUUUCACCCAUGAAAAUGAAGAGCCAGUGCCCAAGAGGAGAAAUAACAUAUCUGUUUUUAAAAGGUUAUCGGAGAAAGUUGUUGAUGAUGAACUUGUUGUGCCCCACAGAGGUUUAAUAAGUAAAGUUAUUGUCACCCCUAAAGAAAUACCUAGUAGGGAAGAAGCUUUGGAGGCUCAAAGUAAAGAUGAAAAGUUCAAAGCUAGAAAUAGGCGAAUGUUUGGUGCCUUAUUGGGAACUCUGCAGAAGUUUCAACAAGAGGAAACCAAGUUGAAACCAAGGGAGCAAAAACGGGCCCAGCUGGAGAAGAAAAUCGAAGAACAUGAAAUUAAGGAAAAGGAAGAGGUUAAAAAGGAACGGCAAGAACUAUUUUUAAGUCGAAAAAAGAAGCAAGCCGAAAUUAAAAUCAUAGAGUUGAAAAUGUUGAGAAUGAAGGAGUAUUCGGCUUGGGAGGAAACUCAAAAACCAAGGACGAAUUUUAUAUUGACGAAAACUAAACCACAUAUACAUUAUCUACCUAGGAGAAUGACAAAUGAAACUAAAAAACUACUUGAGGAAAGUAAAGCUGAAGUUGAGAAAAUUUUGGAAAAGAAGCAGCAAGAAAUAACAGAGGAAAUGCAACACAUAGAAGAUCGAAUGAAACGCAACUUUGACUACAAAUUCAGACAAAGGGAAGGCAAAGAUGAACACCCUCCUGCUGAAGAAGAAUCACGUCAUAGAGAAGAUAAAGACCAAGAGGAUGAUAACGAUGGGGAGGAAAAUGUUGAUAAUGAAGACCACACAAAUACAGUUACGACAGAAACACAAAUGGAUGAUGUCAAAACUGAAACAGAAGAGGAAAAGGUGGCGCCUGUUCAGGAACAGGAUUUGGUAACAGAGACGGUUGAGAAUCAGAGUGAACCUAAUAAUCGAGUGGAGGAUAUUUGUGUACCUGAUGAACCCAUGGACGUUAGCACCAACGGUCAUUUAGAAGAUGUUCCUCUUCCUCCCGAGUCCCCACCAAAUCAUCAAAUUCAUUACAGUAACUCUGAGGAAAAUAACGUUCAAAAAGAUCAUUCCGAAAAUCAGACAGGCGAAUGAUAGAGAAAAAAAACAUGAUUGUGUUUAUUGAUUGUGUAUCAUAUUGUGACCAUAGAUUUUAAAUGGAUGUAAGUUUUGGGUAAAAUGUAGGCUAAGACCCAUUCAAGCAAUUUAUUAUACGGAGUUGUGCUGUAAAUGAAGUUUUUAGAAUCCACAGUUACUUGGGAGUUGUUUAUUUCAUGAUAUACACUUUGAAUAUUUA